CCCGCCCGGGCACGGCGGUUCAGUCACAAAUUGGACAUUUCGAUGCUGUGGGAUCGAAGAGGAGAGUGAGCGGAGACCACCCCCAGUCCCAAACAUCCAAUACAACCAGAUAGAACCAUGAUAUUGGGGUUGAAGAUGAGGCGACUUAUAUCCCAAUCUUUCUUGAUCAGAGCUUCGAUGGUUGUCUCCCCACAAGCGAGGCAACAGGACAACCUUCACCUACUUCCUUCGCAGCAUUUGGCUCGGAUGGCUUCUAAUCGUUUCCUCGAUAUCUAUCAGUUGGGAAGCAAGGCAGCCAUCGAGAAGGAGCGUGCUCGAAUUGCAGAUGAGAUGAGUAGGGGGUACUUUGCUGAUAUGGCUGACCUGAAAAAACAUGGUGGCAAGAUUGCUAUGGCAAGUAAAGUGAUCAUUCCAGCAAUGGUAGCUGUGAAGUUUCCUGAUCUGGAAGUCAUUGACAAAGAUGGAACAAUAGCAAAGCUUCCCAUCCGUCAAUGUGAAAAUGUUGUUAACGCUGGCCAAGCAUCAGUCCCAAAGGCAUCUUUACUUAGUCUUUCAUUUCGAGCAAACUCUCAGGCAAUGAUCAAUUCUUGGAGCUUGCCAUUUAUUGAAGCAUUUAGUAAAUCAGAAAAUGUCCAUGUAUGCGAGGUGUCAUUUAUAGACUCAUGGCUCUUACGCCAAAAUCCUAUCAAGCGUUUGCUUCUGUGGUAUAUAAGGAAAUCUAAUCGUGAUGAAAGCAAGGAUACGCUUGAGAAGAAGACAGUGUACUCAUUUGGUGAUCAUUAUUACUUCAGAAAAGAACUGAAGAUACUAAAUCUCCUUACGGGGUACAUCUUUCUACUUGAUAAAUUUGGUAGAAUAAGAUGGCAAGGCUUUGGAAUGGCUUCAGAAAAUGAGCUAGCUUCCCUUAUUUCUUGCACAUCAACUCUUCUUGAAGAGGAAUCAGGUGUUGGGCGAUCCUCAGAGCGGCAAAGAGAGAAAGCUACAAAAUGUGAAGUCCGUGAAAAGGAAUCAGAUAAAAGCUCUCCUCAAUCUUUGGCUGCUAGCUAACUGGACUGAAGUUCAUGUGGUGUUUUAUUUAUGUAGGUACUCCUUCUUCCUCGGGGGAAAGAUUCUUGAUUGCUUCUAUGUAAAAUUUUCAACUUUGUUCCUUUUUAACUUCUCAUCCUAUUUGCUCUUUAGUCAGAUUUUGACCUGCAUUGGCAGAGAUUUUAGGGAUGGCUAGAAGAGAUUUUAUUGGCCACAUUUUUGUGGCUUGGCCAAAAUUGUAACUAAGAUGAAUCUCUAGGUUGGAAUACUUGGUGGAAGAGGUUAUGACCACUUAAGCACAAGGUCUCGAGUUCGAGCCCGUGUGAAUACAAAAAAUAUUUUUGGGAGAGCUACCUUCAAUAAGAAAGAUCAAUAGGGUAUUUGAGCUGCUUUAGGACGUGCAUAAAUUGCACGCUCAAGUUGGAGUUGCUUUACAUUUCAUGUGUCACUCAUUUACCAUUCAA